AUGUCUGCUCUCCGAAGCACCAAGGGACUUGUCGCGCUCGUUACCGGUGGAGCAUCGGGUCUCGGAAAGGGAACCGCGGAAGUUUUGACUCGCGCUGGCGCCCGUGUCGCCAUCCUUGAUUUGCCGCAAUCGAAAGGAGCUGAUGUUGCGAAAGAGAUGGGAGCAAUCUUCACUCCGGCUUCAGUCACAUCGGAGGAGGAAGUGAAAGCUGCUUUCGACAAGGUUAAAGCUGAAUAUGGCCGAUUGGACGCUCUGGUUAACUGCGCCGGAAUUGCCUACGCUUUCAAACUGUAUUCGAUCAACAAGAAGAAGCAUAUUGAUUUAGCCAAGAUCCAACAUACUCUUGACGUUAAUGUUAUUGGAACCUUCAACGUUAUUCGUCACGGAGUUGCUCUUAUGGGAGAACAUGAGAAGGACGAGAACGGCCAGCGCGGAGUUGUCAUCAACACGGCGUCGGUUGCUGCAUUCGAUGGACAAACCGGACAAUCGGCUUAUUCUGCAUCCAAAGGAGCUAUCGUUUCGAUGACUUUGCCACUUGCUCGCGAUUUUGCUGGAGAUGGAAUUCGUUUCAAUACUAUUGCUCCUGGACUCAUGGACACUCCAUUGCUUUCUUCUCUUCCCGAUAAGGUUCGUACAUUCUUGGCGACCCUUAUCCCAAAUCCAUCUCGUCUUGGAUCUCCGCAAGAAUAUGGUGCUCUUGUUCAACAUAUCAUCGAGAAUCAGUACAUGAAUGGUGAGACCAUCCGGUUCGACGGCGCGCUUCGCAUGCCCGCCUAA